AGUUCUUUGAGUUGUUUCCUUCCUUUACUUUGGCUAAGCCUCAUCGUGUUAUUGAAGAUCAACUACAAAGUCCGCUAUCGAUCUCCCAUUUCCAUUGUACUUCCAAAUACAACCUUCAAAUCUUGGACGAACUUCUUACAGACUCUCAACUUCAGGAGUUGGAGAAAUGCCUAAAGUGAAGACCAGCAAGAUCAAAUACCCAAAUGGAUGGGAAUUGAUUGAGCCAACUCUACGAGAGCUCGAUUCUAAAAUGAGAGAAGCUGAAAUUGAUCCGCAGGAUGGGAAGCGGAAGUGUGAAGCAUUGUGGCCUAUUUUCAAGAUUUCACAUCAAAGGAGCCGAUACAUUUUUGACCUUUUCCACAAAAGGAGUGAAAUAUCCAGGGAGCUCUAUGAGUUCUGCUUAGAACAAGGCUAUGCAGAUGCCAACCUCAUUGCUAAAUGGAAAAAGCCAGGAUAUGAGCGUCUCUGUUGCCUCCGUUGCAUACAGCCUCGGGACCAUAACUUCGGCACGACGUGUGUCUGCCGAGUCCCGAAACACUUGAGAGAAGAGAAAGUCGUGGAGUGUGUGCAUUGUGGUUGCAGGGGAUGUGCCAGUGGGGAUUGAUUUUGUUUCACAUUGCAAAAGCAUGACUUUAUUUAAUAUCAUAUCGGAAGCUCACUUGUAUUGAUUGAUGAUAAUGAAAUGUUUCCAAUACUUUAAGUCUCUUGUCCACGGCAGAUGUGAUCCUCCUUGGACCAUGGAUUCUUGUCGUUGGGUAGUUGGACUCCUAGUUUUUCUUUUUAUUGAGCUAUGAAAAUUUGAACCUCAAGAGGUAGUACUUACCAAUUAGUGGUGGCAUUUUCAUUUCUGUUGGUUCUCGAUGGGCAUGGUUUGGAGUUUCCCGCUCAAGUUUAAAGAAACUGUUAUCCUAGUUUGAUCAUA